AUGUCUGGCUUUCGUGGCACGUCAAAUGGCCCGCAAGGCGCGCCACAAGGAGGCUCCUUUGGCUCCUUGACACCAUCACGACCAGCGCCGCCGGUUCCGUCGAGCAAGCACAACGAUCCCUUCCUGCCACCACUCUCCCAGUACAAUGCAGCUUCUGCGGGUAUGGGCGCUGGCGGUGGCUCUUACACCGGUCCACUCCGCCCUGCUGGUCCGGGUGCCACCGCCUCUUCUGGAGCCCCAGCCAACCAUCUCGCCGGCAACAAUUCCGGCUGGCAGCAGGCCGGUCCCAAUGCCACCACCAGCGGCGCUGCUGUUGUGAGGAAAGGCUGGGUCAGCGUCAAGGAAGACGGCAUUCGCUCUUGGAUCUGGAGCAAACGUUGGCUCGCGCUCCGCGAGCAGACGCUCACCUUUCACAAGAACGAGACCACCUACCAAGCCGUUGCCCUCGUUUUCCUCAAAGAUAUUUCCAAUGUCUCGCGUACCGAUCUCAAGCCGUACUGCAUCGAGGUCGAGACCAAGGAAAAGACUUUUUACUUGCAGCUCAAGAGCGACGAAGAACUCUAUGGCUGGAUGGACGACAUCUACUCUCGCUCGCCGCUCAUGGGCGUCUCUUCACCCACCAACUUUGUCCACCAGGUUCAUGUCGGCUUUGAUCCCAUCAGUGGAGCCUUCACCGGUCUGCCCGAGCAAUGGUCCAAGCUGCUCACAACGUCGGCCAUCACGCGCGAGGACUAUGAAAAGAACCCUCAGGCUGUGCUCGAUGUGCUUGAAUUCUACACCGACAUUCAGAAGCGCGAGCGUGACGACUUUGGCCUUGGCACGCCUACCAUGAAUGUCCAGGCUGGACGCAAGCCCAACGAGAUCCCGAGCGCUUCUUCGGCGCCCCGUUUCAAAGCUGGGACGGGCUUUGCCGGAAGUGCUGGAGCCGACUCGGCAUCGAAUUUGAGCAAAGAUGCGCCUCAAUAUCCCGCUGCGUCCAAACCUCCUUCGGACGCUUUCCGAAGCUCGUCCGCUGCCGCUGCAUCGUCGUCCAGCGCGUCUUCGUUGAGACCCGCGCAGCCUGCCAUGACAAGGCGACCCUCGGAUGACGGUCGACAAGGCGCAUCCAGCCCGGCUUUGUCUCAGGCGUCCUCAUCCCGGCUCGGUGGCUCCAACGAUUCCAAGUACGUUCGCGCCACACCUAGUUCCAGUGCGUCGCCUGCCAACGCAUACCAAGAUCUGGUGCCUUCGCGCAAGGCGCCCACCGCUCCCGGCUCUGUCAAGCCUCCGACCCCAUCGUCAUCACUGGCCUCUACCCGACCCGCACCGCCGCCUCCCAACUCGUCGACGCCUUCUAGCCGAACGGCCAACGACGCCGGUGUGCAGGGUCUCAACGUCAAGACCAAGGAGCUCAAACUUGGAAGCGACUCUUCCUCUGCUUCGGCAUCGACCACUGGUGCUGCCAAAGCUGCCACUGUGGCCAAGCAACCUUCGCCAGUCGCGGCAGCACCAAAUGCGGCUGCAGCUGCACCGGUCAAACCGUUGCAGAUGGCCAAAAAGGAGACAAACGCAAAGACUGCGCAACAAAAAGAAGCGGAGCGCCGUAUCAGCACCAUGUCUGAGGCGCAGAUCAUGGACAAGCUGCGCUCAGUGGUGAGCCAGGACGAUCCCAAUAUGCUGUACAGCAAGAUCAAAAAGGUGGGCCAGGGUGCCUCGGGAUCUGUAUUCGUGGCCAAGACGCUCGCCACGGGUCAACGUGUAGCGAUCAAGACGAUGGACCUUUCUCAGCAGCCACGUAAGGAACUCAUCGUCAACGAGAUUCUUGUCAUGAAAGAGUCGCAACACCCCAACAUUGUCAACUUCCUCAACUCGUUCCUGGUGCGCAACAACGAGCUGUGGGUCAUCAUGGAGUACAUGGAGGGAGGUGCACUUACCGAUGUGAUUGAUAACAACACGCUCGAGGAGGAUCAAAUUGCUGCCAUCUGCCUCGAGACGUGCAAAGGUCUGGAGCACCUGCACAGCCAGAGCAUCAUCCACCGUGAUAUCAAGUCCGACAAUGUGCUGCUCAACGCCAGCGGCCAGGUGAAGAUCACUGAUUUCGGUUUCUGCGCUAAGCUGACGGAUCAGAAGUCGAAACGUGCUACGAUGGUGGGCACUCCAUAUUGGAUGGCUCCCGAGGUGGUCAAGCAGAAAGAGUACGGAGCCAAGGUCGACAUUUGGAGUUUAGGCAUCAUGGCCAUUGAGAUGAUUGAGAACGAGCCGCCUUACUUGGAUGAAGAGCCGCUCAAGGCGCUGUACCUGAUCGCCACCAACGGCACGCCGACGCUUAAGAAGCCCGAGACGUUGUCCAAGAACCUCAAGAGCUUCUUGGCCGUUUGUUUGUGUGCUGACGUCAAGAGCCGUGCUUCCGCUGACGAGCUGCUUCACCAUCCCUUCCUGCAAUCGGCUUGUCCGCUGUCGAGCCUCGCGCCGUUGCUCCGCUUCCGCAACAAGCCCGAUCGUUGA